AUGACAGAUACAAGUGUUGAUGAAGUAUCUCCUCUUAUAUUUCGUAAUACAUAUAUUUCAAAUGUACCUGAUAAUCGAACCAUAUUUCAACGAAAACUUUCUGUAUGGUUAAUUCUUGUAAGUGCUGGUCUUGAACGAUUAGCAUUUUAUUCAUUAGCGGGCAAUCUUAUUUUAUUUCUAACAUCGAAUAAUAUUCAUUGGACAUCUAUUCAUAGUGUUACUGCUUCAUUUAUAUUUCUUGGUACAAGUUACAUAUCAUCGCUUAUUUUUGCUUCGAUAAGUGAUGGUAAAUUAGGGCGUGCAAAAACCAUUAUUAUCGGUUUUAUUCUAUAUAUUAUUGGCUAUGUAUUUAUUGCAUUAUUUUCCGAUAAUGAUAAGUUUAAAUUGUAUAGUAAAUUUUGUGGUACAGUAAAUUUUACAAGUUCAAUAACACCGGAAUUUUUCGAAGAACAAUGUAUUCCUCAAAUUCUUUCAACAUUAGUUUUUACUGCCAUUGGUGUGGGUGCAGUACAAGUUAAUAUGGCUGUAUUUGGUGCUGAACAAAUACGAGAACAAAAAGCAACAAGAAAAUAUUUUGAUAAAUAUUAUGCUGUAAUUAAUACAGGUGGUCUUAUUGCAUUUGCUUUUAUUGCUUAUGCACAACAAAAUGAUAGUUAUUUUAUUGGUUAUGUAGUUCCAACAGCAUUAUUAAUAAUAGCUUUAAUAUUAUUUUUAAUUGGUUAUAAAUUUUAUAUUCAUAUUCAAUCACAUGAUUCUGUUAUUAGUAAUUUUAUUCCUGUUUUAAUAAAUGCUUUUCAAACAUGGAGAAAGCAUCAAAAAAAUAUACAAGCAUCAAUUACUAAUCAAAGAUCUUUCAAUUCUUCAACAUUAUUAGGUUAUCAAAAUGAAACUAAUGAUCAAUUAUCAUUAACAACAAGUAAUAAAUCAUGGUCAUUUUUGGAUUAUGCAAAAAUACCUAAUCAAGGACGGUUUAUGGAUCGUGUAGUAGAUGAUAUCAAAUCGCUUCAGCGUAUUAUUGUUGUUUUUCUUCUUCUAAUACCUUAUUGGCUUGUCUAUUUUCAGGUAAAGAUAUGUUUAUAG